AUGAUAUUGCUGUUACCAUUGUUCUACAAGAGUAUUGUGUCUACGACCGAGGCAGAUAUAGUUCUGAGCAGUUUGGGCGAAGGCACGCAGCGCCUCCAGGUCCAGAGCUGCGAGGGUGGGAGGGAAAAGGAAAUCAUCGCGGAUCUCCUGAGUCAGGGAAUGUGUGCAGUCUGGACCACUGGAGGGGAAGAGCGUACUUGGUACACACUCAGGCUGCCUCUUCAGGUACCUGACACAGAUGUGGAAUAUACUCCAUUUCGAACUCUCAGUUCACCGGCCGCAUCAGUAUCGCAGGAGGAACGAAGCAAGCGUAGGCAAGAGAAGUUCGACGGCCUCGUCACAUGGUAUCUUGAUGCUAUCGUACAAUCCUUUCCGGUCUUAUUUCAGAACUCUCUUCUUCUCUUUGGGAUUGCUCUUGGCACCAAUUUGUGGUACGAGCAGGCGAGCAUCGCCUGGGUCGUCAUCGGAAUGACGGUCUUCGGAUUUCUGUUUCAUUCCCUGACUGUGAUGGCGUGUUUGGUAUCUCCCGCUUGUCCAUUUCAGACACCGGUAUCAACGUUAUUACACGUGUUGCGCAUCGACAGUGCUCUGAACCUGGGAUUCAAAGGAGCUUUCUGUUAUGUCCAGUGGUUCAUGACGUCACUGCAAGGAGUGCUGGGACGACUGCUUAGUAUUAUCAGAUCGGGAUGGACCCGAUUGUCUGAAGUAUUUAGAGGCCCUGUGCAUGCGGUAGGUAUAUUCACACGCCGAUCUCUUCAGCAGUUAAUCACUAGGCUUCAUAACCGGCUGUGUUCUUUGGUUCUGCGUUCUUCAACAAAGGUGGUAAACUCAGAGGCACAACCACUCGGCCAGGAUCUGGAUGUUUUGGCUGAGAAUAAUAACAUCCUUAACCUCGACCUCCCUGACAUACCCACCAGCGAUCUCGAAGCGCCUAGUGUCAAGUGGCUACUCGAGACGUCUACGGAUCCUGAAGUAUUUCUCGCUGCUGCCCGUCUUGUCCCGCAGGUCGAAUGGCCCCUGGAUGUUGAUGUUUCAGACAUGCUGCAUCAACUAUUUGAUAUUCUCAGGAGCUGCGUCGACAUUCAAGGAUACAUCAUACCAUCAUUGAAGGAGAAGGCCUCGGCAUGUGCAAUGGCUCUGAUUCAUUUAUACUAUGGAUGUGUUCUUCAGGCAUAUCCUGACGAUGGCGAUUUUAUUGUCCACGGGAGACCAGACUUUGAUGUGCUUCUUGACAUUUUCCCAGGCAUGUACACAGCGGACCGGACGGUGUGUAGCACGACUAUGAACUUUUGUCAACCAGAUGGCAAUACGUGGCAUAUUUCUUGGUCAGAGGUUUGCCCUGACUCCGUCCCUGAGUGGCUGUCACAUGUUCUUCCUUAUCACUUUGUUACUGGGCGAGUGAAUGAAGACAUAGAAAACCUCGCGAUAAAAGUGAUGUCAAAAUUGCUAUCAUCCCCAUCUCCAUCCUCCCUGUCAGAUCAGAUUCUAGCCAAUUGCAUUAUUCUUGCUUGCGUCAUGGUCGGGGCUCAGGUUGACAAGAAGGCCAUUGUUCGGAUUGAUAAAAGCUCUGCUCUGCCUCUACUCAGCGAGUCUCUUUUGGUGCAGUUCCAAAAGGCUCUCUGGGCAUGGGAUGGAGGCGAGCUCGACAAUGAUAGGACAGGAGUCGUACGCCGAACAUGGAAGCUGCUUGAUAUUAUUUGUCGAAUCGUCGAGCUUGCUAGAUAUUCAUAUCGUCCUUUAUUCCACACCAUGCGGAACCUGGACGUAUGCAAGAAGAUUUAUUCACGAGCGAGAUCAUCCGAACAAAACGAUGCCUCGGCUUUGUUGGCAGCUCUGCGAAAUGCACUGCACUUCACGCUUGCUGCUGCCAGCAUUUCUCGGGACCCUGCCCAGGUAUGGAAUCGGCUUUUUGGGGAAGCCCUAUCCUACUCGCCAGAGGAUAUCGACUGGAUAGUGGACUACUUUGACUUCAUAUAUUACGACGACCACGAAGCGGCAUAUGACGUCCUUUUGCUACUGGGUAGUAUGGGGGUGUGCUGCAGCCCUGCUAAACAACAUCUGUUCAUCGAGAGGCUCAUCGCCUGUAUGGAUAGUAAUAUGCCUCUCCAUUUACGCCAUGCUGCUCUUCGCGCUGCUCACAGUGCCCAAGAACAAAUUGCCUCAAUCGAUGCCAUCGAUGAUGCGAGGCUACGGGACACAGUUUUGACCAAGCUCUCCCCUGCUAUUUUAUCCGUGCUUUGUCCGCACCCAGUUACAACACCCACCAAUGAUGAUCUCAACCUCUUUUCCAAUUAUGACCGCGACUUGUGCUAUCUCGAACUGGUCUGUGCCCUCGCGAGGAAUCCCGACUGGCACCCCCAUUUGUCUGGGGAUUGCCAUAUUGAUCGGUGCAUCAGCAUGAUUCCAAGACAUCGAUCACAACGCUCGAUUCUGUUGCAAAGCAGCAGUGGCGGGACGUGAUGAGAAGCGCAUGGGAUGAUCCUCCAUAUACCAUUAACAACGCGUGCUGUUUCAAGCCCCUUCUUGUCCUUGUGGAUGGCACAAAGAAGUAUAUGCAGAUUGCUUCGAAAUCUGAUCUCGACCAGCUCAUUAGAAAUGUGGAUGAGUUUGUCGAAACGUUGGAGCGGAACAUGCAAGAGGAGAUGGGAC